AUGUUCCCUCCUCAAGAGGUGGUUAAGGAAGCUAAUAAAACUUGGGUAGAUAUAUAGCUUUCUUAAAUCUUGGGUUAACGAUGGAGGAUAUCUAAUAAAAGUAAGGAUAAAAUUAUCCCUAAAUUUACCCUUAAAAGAACAAGAUAACAAGUGAGCGAUAAGCAUAUUUCAGAAGAAGCUAAUGAAUUCAAAUUCAAAUAAUAUGUAUCAAGAGUUAAUGAUGCAGUAAGGAGAAUUCAUCAUGAAAGAAAAGAGAUUAUGAAAAAAAAUGUAAAUAAUAUGAUGACCAUAGAAUAAGUAUUUGGAACUCCUUAGAGGCCAAUGACAGCUGGGGCGAGCAGUUUGAUGUUAUAAUAAUCCACCAAGAAUCAAGGAAACAAAUUAAAUAGUCUUUAAGCUCCACCAAAUGCUCAAUCUCAAGCAGUGAUAAAGACAUAAAAGUCAAUGAUUGCUGGUAAAAGUUUAAUCCAACAAAACCCAGCAAACUCUACCCCUUAGAACAACACCUUGAUAGAUCCAAACUAAUACUAGUUAUAAUUAAUAAAAUCCUAGGGGUAAAUGCAAAUCUAAAAAGAGUAAAAUGAACUUAAGCAAUUCCUUACUAGAGAAAAACAGAAAACUAAGAUGCUAAAAAAUUUCGAAAAAAGAUUUUAGAAAGUUGAGGAGAAACAGCAGGAAAAAAUGAAAAUGCUUAAGGAAAUAGCAAAAAUUAAGGAAGAUAAAAGAAUGCAAAAAACCCUUCAGUUUAAGCAAAGAGAACUAGACAACUAAAGGAGCUUGGAGAGAUUGAACUAAUCAAAAUUCAAUAGAAGUUUUGAUAGAUCUUAAUAGCAGAAUACAAUGAUAUCUUAAUUCAGACAGUCAGCAAAUUAGAUCUAGAUAUAGCAAAGGAUUGAGUAAAGUAAAUAAAAGCGAAUUAGCAUGGAUAAAGAAAUUGACAAGAAGAUUGAAUAAGAAAAGCGCUUCUAUAUAGAGAAAUGUAAAUUAAUGACUGAAUAAACAUCUAUAGAAUUGAGAAGUGCUAUAAAUCAUGAAUUAGUCCUAGAUGAUAUAGUGAGUAAUCUAAAAGACAAAACAAGCACUUGUAAUUUAGACAAAAAUUAUAAUAGAUAUGUAGUUUAGUAAAAACAUGAUUGGGUGAAAUCAAAGGAAAAUGAUAUUGAUCUUUAGAAUGAAGUUAAGUAUCUCUCAAAAACAGAAGCUAUUCAUAAGAGAAGGGAAGAAUAAGAAAAAAGAUUUUAAGAAAAAAUGAAAAAGCUGCAUGAUCAACAUUCAAUCAAAAGAGAUAGAUUUGAGUCCCAUAAAAAAGAGCAAUUAACCAGGAUGAGAUCCUUGGCAGCUAAAUAAAUGUAGCUAGAAAAAGAUAAGUACUCGACGAUGAAUACAUUAGCUUUAAGAGGAGCCUUAGAUUUCAAAAGUACAGAAUCCUUUAUGAAGCAGGAUAGGAAUCUACACUCAGCCAAUAAAGAAAAAAAUCAAUUAAAGCGUGAGAUGGUAGAGGAGAAUCAGGAUAGAGAGAAGAGAAAACUUGAAUGGAAGAAACUCACCAUUCUUGCCAAAGAAUAACUGUAUUAGGAUAAGAUUAAGAUGCAAAGAGAUCAGUAAAGAUAACUUCUCUCAUCGUAGAAGAUUGUUUCAACAAUCGUGCAAGUAAAAGCAGCACCCUUCUCCCCUACAGCUAAGAGAUUAAUUGAGAGAACACUUCCACCCAGUGCUGGAAAAGAUCUGCUAGAAAUCUAUAGGGAUUCAAGUGAGGAAAGGAAGAAGAAAAAAGAUGAGGAUAAAAAUAAUUUCUGA